AUGACUAAAGAGGUAACAGUACAAUGUGACGCCAGUGAAACCAGACUUGGCGCCGUGUUGUUGCAAGAAGACCAGCCAAUUGCAUAUGCCUCAAGGGCGCUGACGGAGACAGAGACCAGGUAGGUAUACCCAAAUUGAAAAGGAACUAUUGGCAAUUGUUUGGGCUACCAACAAAUUUGAUCAAAAGAAACUUACAAAGAACUUAAAUUUGAUCAAUCCUUGGUCGCAGGAUUGUACGCAUUGAAUCAGACCAUCAACCACUGAAAGCAGUUUUCGCAAAGCCUGUCCACAAAUCGCCUAAGAGAUUGCAAAGAAUGUUAAUGGCCCUACAGAAUUACACACUAGAAAUACAUUACAAGAAAGGAACAUUAAUGUGGAUUUCAGACACCCUGAGUCGGGCAUAACGAAGUACAGUACAACCGAGUCUGCCGAACACGACCUAAGCGAAGUAUGUGCAUUAGAAGAAGUUGACCACUGCGAAGGUGUGUGAAUAGCUCGAACCGGUUAAGCCAGUUUAAACAAUGUACAGCAACAGACCCAGUGAUGCUGUUUAACAACUCAUUACCGCUAUCAAUACAGGAUGGGCAAUAGACCAGAAACAAUGUACACCAGCACUAAUUCCAUUCUAUAACAAUCGAAGCGAACUUAUUGAAGAUAGUGGAUUAGUUUUCUUUGGGGAAAGACUCGUUGUCCCUUCAUCCUUAAGAAAAGAAAUGCUACAGCAAAAUCAUAAGUCCCAUAUAGGUAUUGAGGGUUGUCUGCGGCAAGCAAGGGAAGUGAUAUAUUGGCCACGAAUGAAUGCGGAGGUGCCGAAAAUGCAGUGA